AUGUAUUUUCUACGCUUAAAGCGACAGCUCUAUGGGUUUGCUAUCACGUUAAUGUGCAUCUUCUUUCUGAUGUGGCUUGUUGUUAAUCAACGCUUUUUUACUUGGAUACCAAGAAACAGCGACGGACAUGUUGUGGACUCGAUUCAACAGAUACAUGCCGUUCAGCGUCGGUGUGUGUGUGAAUCUAGCCUCGUCUUAGAGAAUAACUCAUCGAUACUGAGAGAAAUCAAUACAAAAUUAUCUAAUGUAUUGGAUAGAGUCAAUACAACCGCUAAGGCUAAUAAGGUUAAGUCUGACAAUAAGACUAUCGAUAUUGUCAACGAUUAUUACCCGUUCGUCGAUUUUAAGUUCGUUUUCCCUCAAAUUUCGCCAACAAAUGUGGAUUCACGCGAUUUAUUUAUGGUUGUGUUGGUGAAUUCGGGCGCUACAACCGACUACCGGAAACGUCGCGAGGCUAUCCGUCAAACCUGGGGAAAUCGAAGCAAUUGUGAACAACGUAAAGCUUCGGGAAAUGAAAAAGUGAAAGACCUAAAAUGGCUGCUCGUGUUUGUUGUUGGAAAAGCAGGACCGGGAACGAACGAUGAUGAACUAAACAUGGCUGAAGCUAGACAACACAAUGAUAUGUUGAUAGGAAAUAUCACUGAAAAUUAUCUAAAUAAUAUUAUAAAGUUCUACAUGGGACAAGUGUGGGCGAGUAAAUUUGAUAUAAAAUACACAAUGAAAACAGACGAUGAUGUUUAUGUGCGCAUACCACGUGUGUUGGAAUAUCUGGUCAAUGCUAAGUUUCCAAGACCAUUUUACGGAGGUUGGACGUACGCAGGAACUCUUGUGAAUCGCAAAAUCGGUGGAAAAUGGACGGUUAGUUGGAAAUAUUAUGGAGAAAAGGAUUGGCCUCGAUUUAAUCCUGGAGCAUUCUUUAUUCUGUCCAGUGACCUUCUCAAUAGAUUAUUUAACUAUGUCUAUAUAAGAAAACCGUUUCACACAGACGACGCAUAUGUAGGGGUGGCAAUGCGAGAUUUCAGGGUGAGAAUUACCACGAUUUCUACAUUUCGUAUUGACCCUGAUAUGAAUAAGCAAAUUCCAAAAUUAAAAGACUGUUAUUUAUUAGGAAAAACUGCAUUGGGACAUAAUGUUGACCCUAUAGCAUCCAAGAUACUUUUUGAUCGUUAUGAGACGAUGUUGUGCGGAAAUAUUCCAAAGAAGUGUUAA